CUGCGGCCAUGCACCAGUCCGUGCGGCUGCGGGUCUUUGUCCGCCCGUCUUCGACGCGCUAUGGCCCUCGCCGCCGCCCGUCCCGCGCUGCCAGCGCUCCUGGCCCUGAUCGGAGCUCUGCUCCCAGGACUCGGAGGUGGCCAGACCUCAGUGCACCCCCCGGAAGCCAUCAUACCCCGAGGAGGCUCUGUGCGGGUCAACUGUAGUAGUUCUUGUGACCGCCCUGCCUUCGUGGGCCUGGAGACUGUGCUGACUAAGAAGGAAGUGGCCCAGGGGGACAACUGGAAGCUCUUCGAACUGAGUGGUGUGCAAGGAGAUACCAAACCAAUUUGCUUCUCACAAUGUCAAACACAGACGAUUGCUCAGAUGUCCCUCGUUGUGUACUGGCUCCCGGAGCGCAUCGAGUUGGCACCCUUACCCCCCUGGCAGCCCGUGGGCGAAAACCUCACCCUGCGCUGCCAGGUGACUGGCGGGGCACCCCGGGCCAACCUCUCGGUGGUGCUGCUCCGCGGGGAGGAGGAGCUGAGCCGUCAGCCGGCUGUCGGGGACCCCGCCAAGGCCACCGCCACGGUGCUGGCUGGCAGAGACGACCACCUCGCCAAUUUCUCGUGCCGCACGGAACUGGACCUGCGGUCCCAAGGGCUGCAACUGUUCCAGAACAGCUCGGCCCCCCGGCAGCUCCGAACCUUUGUCCUGCCCGAGACGCGCCCGAACCUUGCCACCCCCAGGGUUGUGGAAGUGGGCACAGAGUGGUCUAUGAACUGCACCAUGGAGGGGCUGUUCCCGGCUUCGGAGGCCCAAGUCCGCCUGGAGCUGACGGGCUGGAAUCUGCACCCCACGGUCAUGUACAACAACGACUCCCUCUUGGCCACGGCCAAGGAGAAGGUUAACACGGAAGAGGAGGGCACCCAGCAGCUGUUGUGCGUGGUGACGCUGGGACACCAGAGCCGGUCACGGCAGGAGACCGUGACCAUCUACAGCUUCCCGGCUCCCAACCUGAUCCUGAGUGAGCCAGAGGUCUCCGAAGGGACCCUGGUGACCGUGGAGUGUGAAACCCAGGCUGGGGCCAAGGUGGUGCUGAGCGGGGCCUCAGCACAGCUCCCAGGACCCAGGGCCCAGCUCCGACUAAAUGCCAGUGCUGAGGACGACCGGCGCCUCUUCUCCUGCUCUGCCGUCCUGGAGGCGGGCGGGCAGGUGCUGUACAAGAACCGGACCCGGGAGCUCCGUGUCCUGUAUGGUCCCCUCCUAGAUGAGAGGGAUUGUCUGGGAAACUGGACGUGGCAGGAGGGCUCCCAGCAGACCCUGACGUGUCGACCUCGGGGCAAUCCGGUUCCUGAGCUGAAAUGUCUCCGGAAGGAUGGUCGUUCGCUGCCCAUCGGGGACCUGCGACCGGUCAAGCGGGAGGUUGCGGGCACUUACCUGUGCCACGCCAGGAGCUCCCGUGGCGAGGUCACCCGUGAAGUGGUCGUGAACGUGCUCUACCACCGGAAUCACAUCCUCACCAUCAUUCUGGUGACAGUUGGCUCCGUGGCUGUGAUCACCUGCCUAGCUGCUUACAUCUAUAACCGCCAGCGAAAGAUCCGGGAAUACAAGUUACAGAAGGCCCAGGAGGCAGCCGCCAUGAAGCUGAACACGCCGGCCACGCCCCCCUGAACCUGUUACCGGCCACACCACCCUGCACCUGUCCCAAGACGGCACAGGGCGUCCCCACAGGGCGGCAAUGAUGCCACAUUGAACAAUGGUGGUCACAAGCCACCCACCUUCCCAGGACGCUUGAGGACAGGCCCGAGGCCUCAGGAUACAGACAGCAUUUGGGAUCAAGGCAUAUGCACACUUCGGAUCCCCAAGCCUCACACGUGACCUGUCGUCACAGGACUGAGCCAUGAGGAGGGGACGAGACUUUGGGUCAUGACUGUGAGGGGUGCGAAAGCCUGCGCUGGCCAGAGAGGGUGUGGUGGGACACUAAACAUGGGACACCCAGCUGGGACACAGUGAAACUCGCCCCCCAGUGCUAGAGAGAAGUGACCUACACAACACCCACAGCGUGGAAACACAUGUCCCCGUCCUUGCUCUGGCAAAUACCAGCUCCAGUGCUGCUGUCCAUGGACUGUCCCCAACUUUCGAUGAGGGCAUAUUUAUUAAUUUGUUCUCCUCCGAUCUAUUUAUUGAGUGCUUUUUAUGUGGGCUAGGAUAGUAGGUAAAGAAGAGGAGCAUAGAUUUCUGUCUUCAGGGAGUUCUCAGCCUAUUCUCAUUCAGGGCUGCCCGGUACGGUUGUACUGGCUGUGCACUGCAACGGAGUGCCUGGCAAAAAAAAGACCAAGUGGGGCUGGAAUUUCCUACUCUAAUUGGCUAAGCUGCUUUCCCCCAGAAGGGGACUUUCAGUGGUGAUAUGGUUUUGUUGGUAACCUGCCCAGGGACAAGCCACUGAGCCCUUCCCCUCCCCUCAUCUCUGACACUGACCUCUGUUAACCGCCUCUCUGUCCAUAAGCAUCUCCGCUCGUGCUCACAGUGACACGGUGGCGUGCCUAAACAUGAACGCCCACAGAGUCCCAUGGAACUAUGCCCAACCCUGUGUCCCUGCCUGCUCCUACCUGGUUCCAUCCCACUGGGACCCUGUAAGAACCGAGCGCCCCAGGAGCUCCAAAUUCCUGCCUGAGAUGAGGACCCUGGAGGCCGUGGGGUGGAGAGGCCUGGGAGGAUCCCCUCCCAGUUCCGGAAGCCUCUUGUGCUAAUAAAGCUUUUUCUUGUG